CCGCAGUCUCUGGUCAUCUCCUGUACUGUAUCCACAGUCUUUGGUCAUCUCCUGUACUAUGUCCGCAGUCUCUGGUCAUCUCCUGUACUGUGUCCGCAGUCUCUGGUCAUCUGCUGUACUGUGUCCGCAGUCUCUGUUCAUCUCCUGUACUAUGUUCGCAGUCUCUGGUCAUCUCCUGUACUUAUGUCUGCAGUCCAUUAGUUCAGAAUAUUUUUUUUCUUGUUUUCCUCCUCUAAAAUCUAGGUGCGUCUUUUGGUCAGGUGUGUCUUAUGGAGCGAAAAAUAUGGUA